CGAACGCUGAACUCCAAGCAACCGCAAAAUAACCACCGUUUCCUUGCAGCCCGCGAAUCUUCGUCUCCCUUCCCCACCCGACACGGCACACCACUCUCCCUCCCUCCUUCCCUUCCCCUCCCCUCCCUUUUUUCCCUCCGAAUCCCGCUCGCGAACCCUAGCCAGCCUUCCGCGAGAUGGACGACGACUGGGAGCUCCUCCUCGCGUCCCCCAAGGCGGCCUCGGCGGCCGAGCCGUACGCCGGAGGCGGGGAGGACGACGCCGGCGCCAUCAAGCACGACUACUUCGACCUCGGCUCCGACGCCAAGUACCCCCGGAGGGCGUCGCUGUCUACGGGGGACGAGGAGGAGGGCGCGGAGGAGGGGCUUCUCAGGGCGUCGGACAACGCGAGCUGGGUGGAGCCGGACCCUGACGACCUUCUCUUCCCCGGCCGCGACCGCGCGGCGCUAUGGUCGGACUCGUCCUCCGACGGGGAGAGGCCCGAGGUCGAGGCCACCGAUCCCGUGGGGCGGGCCAGGGAGGAGGGCGGGGUGAUGGCGGCCGCGGCUGAUGGGGUGGAGGGGGCCGUGGCGAAGGGAGGAGAACACGUCCGGUGGUGGAAGCUGCCGCUCGACGCGCUGCGUGUUUGGGCGAUGCGCGCGGCGAGGAGCGCCUGUUCGGUGCCGUUCGCCGUCGCGCUGCUCGGAUUCGCUGUGCUCGGGCGCCGGCUGUACAGGAUGCGCCGCCAGAGCAAAGCCGCCGCGCGCGUCCGCCUCGUAUUCGACGAAAAGGCCUCCCAAUUCAACGGCCAAUCGUCACGUCUGAAUGAAUCCACGACGAUGAUGCGCCGAACUCCUUUCAUAAAACCUAUGCUUCCUGCCAAUGGAGUGACUCCAUGGCCUGUGCUGGGGCACCUGUGAGAUGUGUGAUCAGUGACGUGAUAGAGCUAAUAAUACAGCUGCCCCAAGCCCUGCAGAGACGCUCACACUUGCUACAGGCCGGCAUAUUAUGCAAUGCCCAGCAGCAGAUGUACUGGCUGCUUGUAAUUCGAAACCACGCACUUGUGGAAGACCUUGCAAGCUUCCGUUCAUGCAGAAUGAUAUUUAGGCCUGAUCUAGCUUAUGCUUCUUUUGUGUAUAGCCACCCAUGUUUAUAUUUCUAUUUUCUGAAUCCUUGUAUCAUCGACUUAUGUGCUGGAGAUGUAAACGAUUGAGUACUGAGUACCCAACUAUCUAUAUGUAGUGUGAUGUAUCAUGUAUAUGACGAUUACCCUUAGGCCCUGUUCGGUUGUUCCGGAUUGGAGCCCCGGAUUAAUUCUUAGCCGGAUUACUUCUCUAAUUUAUAUAGAUUUUGAUGAGCUGAAAUAAAUCCUGGCUCAUUCCGGUACAACCGAACGGGCCCUUACCCAUAAAUCAAUACACGUGGAAGUUAGAUUA